AUGUCUGUUCCCUCUGCUCGCUAUACGCACGAGAACAAGCAAGAGCCUCAGACAUUCGUGAUGCAGUAUCAAGAGAAGAUGCUCUUUUUAUUCACUGUAAUCACGUUAAUUGGGCAGGCCGUAGCCCAGGACACGAGCAGCUUUGAUCCCGACUCGAUUAAUCUGACCACCAAGGAUCAGUGGUGUCAAGCACAGACCGCCAAUUGCCCGACACUUUGUGGUGGACUUUCCCAGACCAAAUACAAUUCGUGCACUGGUUCGUCACUUAGUUAUACAUGCACCUGCUCCAAUGGUACUGGCCCUUCGAACAUAGCACAAUACUUAGGCACCUUGCCCAACUUCAUUUGCGAGGCCGCUUUCUCACAAUGCCACACGGCCAACCCUGAAUCAGAUACUUGCAAGGCAUGUGGCACACUCGCGCUCUCCAAUGUCCCGGCUGCAGCAGCCACGAGCUCAGGAUCCAGCAACAGCUCUACACCUGCAUCCCCGGGUCUUCCCACCUUGGCCAAAGUGGGCAUUGGUGUAGGCGUACCCGUCGGCGUGACCGUCUUCGCUAGCAUGAUUGUUCUGGCAUAUCGAUUUGGACAGCGCAAGCAGCGCACAGAUCCAAAACGUGAAUCAAAUCCUACUGCCAUGGACGAAGUAACGACAGUAAUGCGUGAUGAUAACGAUACUUGGGUCGGAUAUGUGCCCGAAAUCCAUGGAGCAGAGAUUCCGCUAUACUUAAGUGAAAUAGAAGGAUCGCAGGCCUUGCGUGAACUGGAAGGGUCAUUGGGGCAAAGGAGACAAGAACUUCCUUAG